AUGGCUUCCCCAUGCUGGAUGCACUUCCUUUUUAUUUUUCUUUCCCUUUCGUUGUCUUCUUCAACGUCCUACAACCCUAUUGAUAAGUGCUGGCGAAGAGAUCCAAAUUGGGCACAAAACAGAAUGAAGCUUGCUGAUUGUGUUGUGGGCUUUGGAAGCGCAGCCAAGGGAGGCAAAGGAGGAGAGAUAUACACAGUCACCAGUCCGGAUGACAAUGCUGUGAAUCCCCUGCCCGGGACUCUCAGAUAUGGAGUUACUCGCGACGGUCCUCUAUGGAUAGUUUUCGCCAGUGAUAUGAAGAUAAAGCUUGAGAUGCCCCUGUUUGUGACCAGCCACAAGACUAUCGACGCAAGGGGCUCAAAUGUUCACAUAAGCAAUGGGCCUUGCAUACGCCUCUUCAAUGUCAGCAACAUUAUCAUCCACGGAUUAAACAUCCACGACUGCAAGGCAAGUGUAGCUGGUAACGUUCUCCUCUCACAAUCCAUGAGCCUUGGGAUGAUGGAUACACAAGAUGGAGAUGGAAUUUCAGUUGUUACUUCACGAGACAUUUGGAUCGACCAUAACAACCUCUCCAGUUGCGCAGACGGACUUGUAGAUGUCACACUUGCAUCCACCGCAGUUACCAUUUCUAACAACCGCUUCUCUUACCAUGAUAAGGUGAUGCUCUUGGGACACAGCGAUGAUUAUACAGCUGAUAAAGCCAUGGAGGUGACUGUGGCGUUCAACCACUUUGGGCCUGGGCUCAUUCAACGUAUGCCAAGGUGUAGACAUGGGUAUGUGCAUGUUGCCAAUAACAACUACGAACCGUGGGGAAUAUAUGCAAUUGGAGGAAGCGCAGGUCCCGUCAUCAGAAGCGAAGGGAAUCGGUUUGUGGCGCCUAACGAGGAGUAUAAGAAGCAGGUGACAUGGCGUGAGGACCCAAAUGGAAAUCGUUGGUUGUGGAAGUCCGUGAGAGAUAGUUUUGCAAAUGGAGCAUACUUCCAACCAUCUGGCAAAGGGAAAGCACUCCCCAACUACAGCUCUCAGCAGAAAUUCAAAGUUUUCCUAGGAACACUUGUGCCACUAUUGACCCAAACCGCGGGAAGUCUAUCUUGCACUCCCAACAAUCCUUGUUUGUAA